AUGUGGACGAGGGACAUGAAGGUUGGAAAUAUGUCCCAGCAGCAUGAAGAGCAGUGGUCAGGAGGAGGGAGGAGCGAGGAUGGACGGGAGAGGAUGCGGAGGGCGCGGGGUUUGAUGGGUCUGUUGGGGAUCAACUUUCUGGGGAGCAAAGAGGAGAAGGAGGAGAAGGAGCUCAUUGAAAGGCUGGAGGAUCUCUUCAAGCAAGGGAAGCACAAGGAGAUCCAGGAGGUGAUUGAAGGAAGCAAAUUGUACAAGGAAGGAAACGUGCACGUGUGCUGGAGACUGGCAAGGGCGUACUACAACCUCUCGGAAGAGGAGAAGGAGAAGGACGUGCAGAAGGCCAAGGUGGACGAAGCCAUGGCAAUAAUCCAGCAGGUCGGCCAUGGAGAACAACCAGGAAGACUUCGCCGUGCUCAAGUGGGAACGUCCGCAACGAUCAAGAACAGCUACAAGAUCAGAGAGCUUUGGGAGAAGGCAGCAGCGUUGAACCCCGAGGACGCGACCACCCGCUAUCUCAUCGGGGAGUGGAGCUUCAGCGUCGCCGACAUCACCUUUCCGGGCUUCUGGAGCAAGAACCAGCUGAUGAUCGCCAAGUGCUACGUCAAGCUGGAGAAGUUUGAGGAUGCGAAGCUCUGGUUGGCGCGGGUCAUCGAGCGUGCCGUCGCAAACCAGGAGGAUCAAGAAUGUCAGGAUGACGCCAAAGAUCUCUUGAAGAAGCUCAACAAGCUGCCCAAGUAA